AUGUCUAACAACAAGUUUGAAUCGCAGGCUUCUACCAACUACAAGGAGGCUUUUGCCCUGUUCGACAAGCGCGGAAACGGCCGUGUCACUGUUGACAGCCUCGGUGAUCUUCUGCGCGCCUGUGGCCAAAACCCUACUCUUGCUGAGAUCCAGGACCUCGAGAAGAAUGUUGGUGGCGAAUUCGACUUCGAGACAUUCCAGCGCGUGCUGAACCGCCCCGGUGGUUUCCGCGACCCUGGCGAGCCUGAGGAAUACUGCCGCGGUUUCCAAGUGUUUGAUAAGGAUAUGACGGGCUUCAUCGGCGUUGGCCAGCUCAAGUACAUCUUGACAAACCUGGGCGAGAAGAUGACCGACGAGGAGGUCGACGAGCUCCUCAAGGCCGUUGACACCAGCUCAGGCCAGGUCAACUACACUGCCGCUUUGAUCAUGACACAGCAUCCGACUGCCCCGCGAUUUCGCUGGCCUGAGCGGGUCCAAGUGGGAGCUCUAAGCUGCACCUCUCAAUUAACGCCCCAUCUUGCUACAUCUACAGUAAACGCCUUCUCAACGCCUUUGACGCCUAGACACGGAUCAAUCGAAUUAGAAAAGACCCCUCUUUCGACUCUCAUGACUAGCACCAUGGCUCCCGACAAGUAUCGUAACCCUCCCCAGGCGCCGCCUCUGUUCACCGCCACCCCCGAGUCGAUUGCUGCCGACACCAAGAAGCUCUGCGAUGCUACUAAGGAUGCGCUGGACUCUGUUGCUGCCAAUGUCACCGCAGAUAAGGCCUCUUUCGCCAACGUCCUUGAGCCUAUCCUCAUAGAUGAGAAUUUGGCUGCCACUCAGCGUCGCAUCUUGACCUUCUACCACCAUGUUUCCACCAACAAGGAGCUCCGUGAUGCUUCUACCGAGUCCGAGAGAGUCUUCAAUGACUUCGGUAUCGAGUGUAACAUGCGAGAGGAUAUCUUCAACGCCGUGGAUGCGGCUUUCGCCAACCGAGCAUCCCAGGACCUCACUAAGGAGCAGGCACACGUUCUCGAGAAGGAGAGGAAUAAGUACAUCCGAAACGGGCUUCGUCUGCCUGCCGGCCCCAAGCGAGACCGAUUCAAAGAGAUACAGAAGCGCCUGAGCGAGCUCGAGAUUCAGGGCCAGACAAACCUCAAUGAGGAGAAGGGUGCCAUUUGGUUCACUCCCGAGGAGCUCAAGGGAGUUCCCUCGGACGACAUUGACGUCGACUCGCUUGAGAAGGGCACUGGUGAGAACGAAGGCAAGGUCAAGCUCUCGUUCAAGUACAACCAUUACUUCCCUCUUAUCAAGUAUGCAAUUGAUGCCGACACUCGUCGCAAGUAUACUGUUGCUGAAUCCAACAAGGCCAAUGUAAAUGUCCCUAUCUUCCAGGAGAUCAUCACCCUCCGUGACGAAGCUGCACGACUUUUGGGUUACGACAACCAUGCAGCCCUGCGCAUUGAGGAGAAGAUGGCGAAGAGCCCCGCCGCCGUUCGAUCUUUCCUAGAUGACCUUCGAACCCGACUUGCUGAGGGUGGCGCCAACGAGAUCAACGCCCUCAAGGAGUACAAGAAGAACGAUUACGAGGAGCGCGGCCUAUCAUUUGACGACAGCUUCUACAUGUGGGACACAUCCUUUUACUCCCGAAUCCAGAAGGAGAAGGAGUACAGUGUUGAUGAGGCCAAGAUUUCUCAGUACUUCCCUGUCGAAUCAACAUUUGCCGGCAUGCUGAAGAUCUUUGAGGAGAUCUUCGGAUUUGUCUUUGUCGAGCUUACCCCCGAAGAGAGAGCCAGACUGAGCCCCACAGGCAAGGCCGAGGACAUUGUGUGGCACGAGGAUGUCUUGAUUUACAGUGUCUGGGAUGACGAGGCCUCAGGCUCAAACUUCAACGGCUACCUGUACCUUGAUCUUCACCCUCGUGACAACAAGUAUGGCCACAACGCCAACUUCAACCUGGAGCCUGGUUAUGUCACCGAGGAUGGCAAGAAGCACUACCCUGUUACUGCCCUGGUCUGCAAUUUCAGCAAGCCAACUCCCAAGAAGCCAUCCCUGCUGAAGCACCACGAGGUUGUGACCCUGUUCCACGAGCUUGGUCAUGGUAUCCACGACUUGGCUGGUCGCACCCGCUACAGCUACUUCCACGGAACCUCCACAGUGCUCGACUUUGUCGAGGCUCCAUCUCAGAUGCUCGAGAACUGGUGUUGGACUCCCAGCGUGCUCAAGUCACUUUCUAAGCACUGGGAAACAAAGGAGCAAAUUCCCGACGAGCUUAUCGAAAAGCUUGUUUCUACCAAGCGUCUUAACUCAGCGAUCGGCGCACUUGGACAGCUAGUUAUUGGCCUGUUUGACAUGACUGUGCACACUCCUGAGUCUCACGAGGCUGUCAAGAAGCUCAACGCUGGCCGAACUUGGAACGAGCUUCGACAUGAAAUUUCCGGCACCAAGGGACCUGAGGAUCUUGGAGAAGGACUGGAAUGGGGUAACCGACAUGCUGGGAUCGGCCACUUCAUUGGCGGAUACGAUGCUGGAUACUACGGCUACCUCUAUUCUGAGGUGUUCUCGCUCGACAUGUUCCACUCAUUCUUCGCCAAGAACCCAAUGGACGGUAAGGAAGGUCGACGCUACCGUCAUACCGUGCUUGAGAGAGGUGGAAGUAUCCCUGAGAUGGAAUUCUUGAAGGAGUUCCUGGGCCGAGAGCCUAGCUCGGAAGCUUUCUACAAGGAGCUUGGGCUCUCUUCAUCUGCUUCUUAG